GUGGGGUUCCAACCUCCGAUCCACUGCCGAUUGAAUCUCCAAACGAUAAAAUAUGGCCAUGAUUGUCGCCAUUAACUUUCCUACACCCAUCAUUAAUUCAAUCAAACAUCAUGGCGGAAUAUCGACACUACGCAGUUCCGGACCCCCAGUGGGUGGAUUUCCCAAACAAUUUGCCGCCGGGAACUAGUAGACAUGGAAUGACGAGAGCUCACGAUCCCAUUGUGCCCCAAGCGGGACUGGAUAUUGAAGAGUUCGACGUGCCUGUGCGGGACAACGCGUCCAUCACUCUCCGAAGCUACCGUCGGGCCUCGAGCGGUAAUGAGACCCUGCCACUCUUCGUGUACAUGCAUGGAGGCGGCUUUGUGACUGGUGGCUUAGAGACAGAUGAUUCAACAUGUCGAGCUAUUGCUCAUGAGACUGGAGUUGCUGUCGUCAGUGUGGAAUACCGACUGGCACCAGAGAACAAGUUUCCUGUUGGCUUUGAAGACUGCUUUGACAUUCUCCGAUGGAAUGCAUCAUCGGAAGGCCAGAGAAAAUUAAAGACAAAUCUCUCCAAGGGUUUCAUUCUCGGAGGUACUUCAGCCGGCGCAAACUUCACUGCUGGGCUUAGCCAUCUUGCCCGAGACGAAGGCCUUUCCCCCAAAAUCACCGGCAUCGUCUUCUUGGCUGGAAGCUUUUGUCACCCUAACGCAAGACCGGAGAAAUACCUGGAUCGAAUCCUGAGCGUGGAUGAAAUCAAUGACGCGCCGGGCCUCACUAGAAAGUCCAUCGACUACUUCGCAGGGAAAUAUGGCGCGCCUCCUACCGACAAACGCCUUUCUCCCCUUCUCUUCGACUCACACGCAAAUAUCGCCCAGAAGGCAUACUUUGCAAUCUGCGGCUGGGAUCCUCGACGCGAUGAAGCCAUACUGCUGGACCAACUCCUUCAGGAAGUUGGACUAUCAACAAAGGUCCGGAUUUAUCAAGGCCUCCCACAUGGCUUCUGGACAACUUGUCCCGACCUGCCUGCAUCUAAGCAGUGGCUGGAGCAUCUCAUCGAAGGCAUGCGUUGGAUGAUAGAGUAGGGUGGAGCCGAUAAGGGUGUUGAAGCUUCCGUCUAUUGGCAAUAUUCAAUGGGACAACUGCCUUGGAAUAUGAUAACGAGCAUUUGAUUACUUUAGUUUAGGGUUCUUUGAUGGCGGUCAGCAACCUGAUUAGGAAUAUCAGAAACAUAGUCAAUGAAUCGAUACAGAAC